CCUUCCUUCCCCGUUAUUGGCUAUUGGCUUCGCUUUGAUAAAAGCCAUAACUCCCCUCUCCACCAUUGCUCGCUUCGCUGCUCCGCCUUCCGCUUCCGCCGCCGUCUCCGGCCACCCCGACGACAUCCAUGGCCUCUCGAAACCCUAGCCCUAGCCCCGCCUCCCUCUCCACGCCCCUCCUCUCGGACUCCAUCGCGCCCACCCGCGCCGUCAACGGGCACGCCAGUCACCACCACGACCACGACGCCGUCUCCGUGUGCGACGGCGACCCGUUCGCGUUCCUCUCGGAGGAUCAGUCCCCGCGGGUUCGGGGACCGUCCCCCGCCGACCCGUUCCGGAACGGGACUCCGGCGUGGGGCGGCAGCGCGUACGGGUGGGCGAAACUGCUGCUGUGCGCGCCUGUCGCGGCGGUGCGGCUGGUGCUGUUCGGGCUGGCCAUCGCGGUCGGGUACGCGGCCACGUGGGUGGCGCUGCGCGGGUGGGCCGACGUGCAUGAGCGGCCGCGGGAGGGCAAUGGGCCCAUGCCGGAGUGGCGGCGCCGGCUCAUGUGGAUCACGCGGAUCUCCGCCCGCUGCAUCCUCUUCUCCUUCGGAUACCAUUGGAUCAAAAGGAAAGGAAGGCCUGCUGCCAGAGAACUCGCACCUAUAGUUGUUUCCAAUCACAUAUCGUACAUAGACCCCAUAUUUUUCUUCUACGAGUUGUUCCCAACCAUUGUUUCGUCAGAGUCUCAUGAUGCCAUACCAUUUGUUGGAACAAUUAUUCGAUCGAUGCAGGUUAUAUAUGUCGAUAGAUUCUCACCAGCUUCAAGGAAGGCUGCUGUAAAUGAAAUAAAGAGAAAGGCAGCUUGCAAUAGCUUCCCACGGCUCCUGUUAUUUCCUGAAGGCACCACAACAAAUGGGAGAUUCCUGAUUUCAUUCCAACAUGGCGCAUUCAUACCUGGCUACCCUGUUCAACCUGUUGUUGUCCGUUAUCCACAUGUGCAUUGUGACCAGUCAUGGGGAAAUAUAUCAUUAGGAAAGCUCAUGUUCAAGAUGUUCACCCAGUUUCACAAUUUCAUGGAGGUAGAGUACCUCCCUGUUGUCUACCCUCCUGAGAUCAAGCAAGAGAAUGCUCUUCAUUUUGCAGAGAAUACCAGCUAUGCUAUGGCACGCGCCCUUAAUGUUUUGCCGACUUCUUAUUCAUAUGGCGAUUCAAUGAUUAUUGCACGAGCAGCGGAAGCUGGAAAGGUGAAUUGCUCAAAUUACAUGGUAGAAAUGGCUUGGGUAAAAGAUAUUUAUGGUGUAAGCACAGCAGAAACAAUGGAACUCUUGGAAUACUUUCUGGCUAUGAAUCCAGAUAGCAAUGGACGUGUGAACGCACAAGAUUUUUGGGUUCAUUUUGGUCUAGAUUGCAGUCCUCUGUGCAAAAAGAUAUUUCACUACUUCGAUUUUGACAACAAGGAAUCCAUUACGUUCCGUCAGUUCUUGGUUGGGUGUGCGCACCUGAGAAAGCAGCCUUUGUUCCAGGGCGCCUGCGAGAGUGCCUUUGAGAAGUGCAGGGAUCCCGAAACAUCCGACAUCUCCAGGGCGCAGCUAGCAGAUGUCCUGCGGUUAAGCAUGCUGCUCCCUUCUGAUGACGGGAUGCUGAAGCUGUUCAAGACGUUCGACGUCGAUGAUGACGAUAAGAUCAGCAGGGACGACUUCAUCGCGUGCCUGGCGAGGUUCCCGUUCAUGAUAGCGCUCUUCGCCGGCCGCAUCAACGGGGAAGUAUACAUCGAAAUAGUAUGAGUGCCUGAUGCAGUGCCGUGUAAAAGGCUGGAGCUGCAUGCAGGGGAUCCCUCCGUUUAUCCCUGGGGACCCCCACCACUCCACCGUCCAUUUUGAAGCCAGCUUAUGGGUUGCAGCGAGUUGCUAACCAGUAUACUGCGACAUUUUUGUUCCGUUUCUUCGUUGAAAUUAUUAUUACGGAAAGCUGCUGUGAGAUACGCGCUGGAAUCUGCGUAUGGUAGUACAACGUCGAUCGAAUUGAGUGCACAUAGAAAGCAUUUGUAACCUGUUCUCCUGUAACGAACAUUUUUGGACAGAAAUGGCAUUGUGUAACCUUGAGUUGA